AUGGCAAAUACCAACAUGAUUCCCUUCCAAGUUCCAAAAUCGUCCAAAGAGAAAUUUGAUAAUUGGUGCAUCCGCAUGAAGGCACUACUUGGUGCACAUGAUGCAUGGGACAUCGUGGAGAAUGGUUAUGAGGCUCUCACCAAUCUAGCUGCUCUCACCCAAGCACAAAGGGAUCUUUUACAAAACACUAAGAGGAAGGAUCAAAAGGUUGUUUCUUUUAUUCACCAAGCAUUGGAUGAGGCCACUUUUGAAAAGGUUUCUAAUGCUACUACAGCAAAACAAUUAUGUGUUAUGCUUCAAGUUGCCUGCAAAGGAAAGGAGAAGGCAAAAAAAGUUCACCUUCAAAAUCUACGAGGUGAAUUUGAAGCUAUUCAAAUGAAGGAAUCCGAAAAGGUGUCGGAUUAUAUUUCAAGAGUGGUGACCGUUGCAAACCAAAUGAAGAGGCUUGAUGAAGAUGUGACCGAUUUAAGGGUGAUUGAGAAAAUCUUUAGAUCGGUUAGUGAGAAAUUUGAUCGCGUGGUGACUGCCAUUGAAGAAGCGAAGGACUUGGAAGAUAUGACAAUUGAAGAAUUAUGCGGAUCAUUGGAAGCAUAUGAAGAGAAGCUUAAUCGAAGAAGGAAGGAGCCAUUGGAGCAGGUUUUACAAUCAAAGCUCACAUUGAAAAACAAAGAAGAAAAUGGAAAUACAAGUUUCAAAGGACGAGGGCGUGGAUGA